AUGGGAUGGUUUUAUGGUUACUGGACGGACGAGGCGAGCUUGAUCGUCUCCAAAUCGAACUCGCACGACGUGACGUUGGUCGACGUGUCGAGAAACCUGACGGGGUUGUACAUGUGCGAGGUGUCCGCCGGAAGCCCUUCGUACCACACGAUGAUCAAGAGAGCCCGAAUGGAAGUAGUGGACGCGCCGAAAACGGACCCGGCGAUCGGCAUCGAGAAGGAGAGGAUCGCGGUGGGUGAGCAACUGCGAGCGAACUGCACCACAGGCAACUCCAGUCCCGCCUCCGCCAUUACGUGGAAGCUGAACGGGGAUCUCAUCGCGAACGACAGCGUGGUGCACAGAACCAGAUACUUGGCCAUUCCGCAGGACGACGACUCGCAGGUGUCGAAAUCGACGAUAGACUUCAAGGUGACGGACAACAUGUUUCAAAAUGGACGGCUGCAUCUGCGCUGCACCGCCUCUAUCGCGGAUGUCUACCGGAAGUCCGCCGACAUCGAGAUCAGCGAGGACGCGCCUCGCAUCGCCUCCAUCACCGGCGAGUCACCGCCUCAUCAUAGCAGCAGCUCAGCAAGCCCGAGCAUCACAGCCUGGACUACAGCAACGACGAUGAUCUUCAGCUUACCAGCGAUCGUGUCUCUCAUCUCCUCACCAUCGAUGACGAUGAUCACCUCCAGCAGGUAGCUCACACGCGCCCGCCAGCACGCCACUGCCACUGUUUGAAACACAAAACCACUGAUUGAAACACAAAAGAAAGAGAGAGAGAGAGAGAGAGAGAAAAAGAAACAGGAAAACAGAAGGAAGAGGAAUAAAUAAGAAAACAAAGGAAAAAAGAAAAGAAAAAAAAAGAAAACAUCGUCCAUGUAAAACCUAGUAGUCUAGGGCUUCCAGUUAUAUAUGUUACUAUGUAUGGAGUAGAUAGCUCGAAUAACAAUUGAUUUUUAUUCACGAGUGGGCCUGUGUGUUGAGCGGGAGGUCGAGAAGAAUAUCGAGCAGGUAUAUUCGACACGCGACAGAUAGAUACUCGCCCGUGGCGUGACUUUCGUUUCGUGGCCAGUUAGCACUGUUUUCAUUCAAUCCCCGAACAAAACGAAAAAAGAAAAAAAAAAAAAAAAAAAAAAAGAAUCGCCGCGUAGAAUGGUGAUCCACCCUCCGCGGGCAACAGUAUCGUCCCCUCGUCCACGUUAGGGGAUGCUAACUCGAAUUCUUUCGAACUGGGUUUUCGAAAAAAAAAAAGAAAAAACUGUAAAGAAUUUUUGAAAGUUCCCGCUACACUGUGCAAUCAGUCAAGCCCUCUCAAGAAACAAGAAUUCGCUUAGGAAAAAAUUCGCGAGUGAAAUUCUACUUCGCGGGUCGCUCGGAGCUUGCCUGCGGAGGGUUGGAGAAGGAAAUUCGACUUUUCUCACGUUACUCAAAGUAAAAGAGAGAGAGAGAGAGAGAAAAAAACGAAGAAAGAAGAAAGGUAAUAAGAGAGAAGGAAAAGAGCAACGCGGUGGCACGUGGUUGAAUUCGACGAGAGGCAAGGUGGAAUGUUUCGUUGCAACGUAUGCCUCCUGUGUGUGAAUACCUACACGUCCCCUGAAACAGGCGUAAAAAGAUCGUCCCUUUCGAAGAUCGAUCGUUUUCCUCCGGCUUCUUCGUUCGUUUCGCACGGUGUUUGUCGUCGAUCCAUAUAUAAUUGUUCUCCUUCUAUUUCUUUUUUUCUUUCUUUUUCCCUUUUUUUCCCCCCCCCUUUCCCCCCCCCCCCCCUCCCUCUUCGUUUCAAAUCGGGUUUGGACAGCGCGAUUCGUUUAGCAACCCCAGUGUUCACCGAGCGCGUCGACGAUAUAUAUAGAUAUAUAUACACAUACAGGGGUAAAAUUAAAUAUUAAAACGAGUACGAAUAACGUUAGCGCAGCGACGAACGGCGUUCUGCUCAAUAUCCGCUCCCUUUAAGACGUCUGACGAGGAACGCGACACCAUAGGUACCGAUUUGUAAUCUGUACAAAUUGUAAUAAAUUACCAUUACGAAGUA